AUUGUAACAUUCAUCACGCCUAUGUAACACAAAGAUGUAUUCAAGUGAAACAAAUGUGUCCCCUUUACUUGGUUAACUUACGCAUUCAUGCAUUGGUAUCGUCACCUGUCAUGGCUACCUAAACGAGUGGAAGCUUGGCCUUGUUGUUGUUAUCAAAGUCUUUGCGAGACAUUCAGUAUUUUCUCGUAAACUUGUAGGAAGAGGAGUUUCCUUUGAACGACUAGUUUUUGUGCUAAGGUGACCCAACAUGGCAGGGAGCAGCAUAGCCCAGAAAACAUGGGAGCUGUCCAACAGCAUGCAGGAAGUCCAGAGCAUAGAUGAAAUUUACAAAUAUGACAAAAAGCAACAGCAAGAAAUUCUCGCUGCAAAGCCAUGGACAAAGGAUCACCACUAUUUCAAGUACUGCAAGAUCUCGGCCUUGGCGCUGCUGAAGAUGGUCAUGCAUGCCAGGUCUGGAGGGAACCUGGAGGUGAUGGGACUCAUGCUGGGGAAGGUGGAUGGAGAGACCAUGAUCAUUAUGGACAGCUUUGCCUUACCAGUGGAAGGCACAGAAACCAGAGUCAAUGCCCAGGCUGCAGCAUAUGAAUACAUGGCUGCCUACAUUGAAAAUGCCAAGCAGGUUGGGCGUCUAGAGAAUGCAAUCGGCUGGUACCACAGUCAUCCAGGUUAUGGAUGCUGGCUCUCAGGCAUCGAUGUCAGCACUCAGAUGCUCAACCAGCAGUUUCAGGAGCCUUUUGUGGCUGUUGUGAUCGACCCCACUCGGACCAUAUCUGCAGGGAAAGUAAACCUUGGCGCCUUCAGAACCUACCCAAAGGGGUACAAACCUCCUGAUGAAGGACCCUCAGAGUAUCAGACAAUUCCCUUGAACAAGAUUGAGGAUUUUGGUGUUCACUGUAAACAGUAUUAUGCCUUAGAGGUAACUUACUUUAAGUCCUCCCUAGAUAGAAAGCUGCUGGAGCUCCUUUGGAAUAAAUACUGGGUCAAUACCUUAAGCUCAUCAAGUCUUCUCACGAACUCGGACUACACAACAGGCCAGGUGUUUGACCUGUCUGAGAAGCUGGAGCAGUCAGAGGCUCAGCUGGGCAGAGGCAGCUUCAUGCUGGGUCUGGACACACAUGACAGGAAGUCUGAGGACAAACUGGCCAAAGCAACACGAGACAGCUGCAAGACAACCAUAGAGGCAAUUCACGGCCUGAUGUCUCAAGUCAUUAAGGACAAACUCUUCAAUCAAAUCAACACGUCUGCCAACUAAACCUCAACUACGAGCCUUUUUGGGUUCCGCGCUGCAGUGUUUUCUCGUGCAUGUCCAGCACUUCACUGGUUUGUGUUUAGCUACUAAGUUUAGCAGUAUCUGUCAUUUCUCUUAGGAGUGCUUUUUUAUUCUAUUCUUUAUCUAUCCUCAAGUGUGAGUGGUAACAGGCGUGGAAUACAGUCAGAACACAAGCAAAAAAUAAAACAUGAUUUUAAAUUA